GAAUUUCUUCCUGUGAAGCAUCUUGAAGCUAUCAGCUGUUGUUGAUCCAACCACUUCUACUUCUUGUGGCCCCCAGGAGGCUGUCAAGAGGAGAAUGCGGCCCUCACGCUUAAAAAAGUCACCUGUUGUGUAGGCAGCCAGAAAUAAGAAGUCACAGCUUAAGGAGCUGCAUGCCCACCUGAAUGGCUCCAUCAGUUCUGCUACCAUGAAGAAAUUGAUGGCCCAGAAACCAGACCUUCAGGUUCCUAACGGAAUGACCACAAUUGACAAGGGCAAGAGAAGAAGCCUGGAAGAGUGUUUUCAGAUGUUCCAGAUCAUCCAUCAGAUUACCAAUAGGACUGAAGACAUAUUAAUGGUAAUGAAAGAUGUUGUCCAGGAAUUUGCUGCUGAUGGAGUCAAGUACCUAGAGCUAAGGAGCACGCCCAGAGAUGAGCCGACCACCGGUAUGACCAAAAGGACCUAUGUGGAAGCUGUACUUGAGGGUGUAAGACAAUGCAAGGAAGAUGGAUUGGAUAUAGAUGUUAGGUUUCUGUUGUCUGUGGAUAGAAGAGGAGGACAGACAGUUGCCAAGGAAACAGUCAAACUGGCCGAAGAGUUCCUGCUUUCCACAGAUGGCGUGGUCGUAGGCUUGGACCUCAGUGGAAACCCUUCAGCAGGACAUGGCAAGGACUUUCUGGAGCCUCUCCUAGAAGCAAAGAAAGCCGGGCUGAAGCUGGCGUUGCACCUUUCGGAGAUCCCAAACCAGGAAGAGGAGACCAGGCUUCUGCUGGGUGUGCCACCUGACAGAAUUGGACACGGUACAUUUCUUCAUUCUUCAUCAUUGGCCUCGGGGGAUCUUGUACAGCUGGUUCGGCAAAAUCACAUACCACUAGAACUCUGCCUGACUUCAAACCUUAAAAGCCAGUCGGUGCCUUCUAGCGACCAACACCACUUCGGAUUCUGGUACAACCUGGAUCAUCCCAUCGUGCUUUGCACGGACGACAAGGGUGUUUUUGCGACUGACCUGAGCCAGGAGUACCAGCUGCUUGCAGACACAUUCCGGCUGUCCAAAGCACAGAUCUGGGAACUCUCCUACAAUGCCAUCAACUGCAUUUUUGCUUCCAGUCAUACAAAAAUGAAACUGAAGGAGCAGUGGCAUCAACUGAAAGCAUCUGUGCUUGAAUAGCCAUAUCAGACCGCCUACAACUAUGGCACUCAUGCUCCAGGCGCAGA